CUCCUUUCUCCCGUUUUCUCUCGUCGGAGCUGCAUCAGACCUCGGCAACCGUCCCAACCAAACCCAGCUCCAAAUGAAGUGCGUGUUAUGUACGUUGCACCGGACUUUCUCUUCUCGCUACGAUUCGUGCCGUGUCUGUAAGGAGGACAGCAUCUCGAUCUUCACGCACGUACACGGGUUUUUUCGGGUCAAGUUGUACCGAAAAGUGAGAGUGUUCCAGUACACUUAAAUCGAAGAAAAGUGGUUGAAAAUAUUCGUUUCUUUUGUUUGGUGUUCGUGCAGGCAUGCCCUUCCAGCACGAUUAUGACCGAGGCUUAAUUGAACGAGAGAACGUCGGUCCCAUUCACGUUCAAGCUCCCAUGCAGCUAUCUUGCUCGCGGACGACGCGUCGAUAAAGCGAGCGCGGCGUUUGGAUUCAAUCAAACGCGAACCACCAAAGCUAGCGGGCAGACAAAGUCCUCCACAUUCCUACGUAAACAUUCGCCGUUCACGCCGACUGCCGACCGCUUAUCAGGCCGUCUAAAUACGAGCCUGUACGCGUGUGUGCAAAUUCAGAUGUUUGGACAUAGGGGCUGAGUUUUAAGUAAUAGUAGUGUGGCGUGCAAGAAGCAGGCAGCACUAUCAAUCCGGCCAGCGUUAGGUUCGGGCGCUGCCAGCAGUUCCAGUGUAUCACGCGCAGAGUUUUUCGCAGCAUGAGCUGGUGAUCUGGGUGACCGCAUCAGCAACAAUCUCCGUCUCUCUGUCCAACAUAAUGGGUACCGAUACAGUUAUCGUGGUCGAGAGCACUAAACCGGUUGCCGCUGCUCCAUCUACAACACUCGAGUUCCAGGACAUUUGCUACCACGUGCGUCACAAGGAUGGGCAGAACAAGCAGCUGCUGAACAGUGUGUCGGGAUCGUUCCGUUCGGGCCGUCUGGCCGGGAUAUUGGGCCCAUCCGGGGCAGGAAAGUCGACGCUUCUUAACAUUCUGAGUGGGUUCAAGACGAACAAUGUGACCGGGAAUAUACUCAUCAACGGUACACCGAUCGAUAGGCGAAAAUAUCGCCGAGAAGUUUCCUACACCCCACAGGAUGUGUGUCUGCUGGAAAAUAUUACCGUCACGGAAAGUUUGGAGUUUGCCGCCGAUCUGAAACUCUCGCCGGACGUAACGAUGGUACAGAAAGCCAGCAUGGUAGUGGACGUGCUCAAACUGCUCGGACUCUCCAAGUGUGCCAACAAUCCGGUGGCAAACAUAUCCGGCGGUGAAAAGAAGCGCCUCUCGAUCGGGCUGGAGCUGAUCUCCAACCCGAAGAUCAUGUUCUUCGAUGAGCCAACGAGCGGGCUGGACAUAAUAGCGGCUAUGCAGGUGGUGGCACAUCUGAAGGAUCUGGCUGCCAGUGGGCGUUGUGUGAUCUGUGUCAUCCAUCAGCCAAGCUCGAGCAUCAUUCAAAUGUUUGAUGAUUUGUUUGUCCUGUCCGAAGGGCAUUGCCUGUACCGAGGGCCUCUCAACAACUUGGUGGAUACGUUUAAGGGAUGUGGAUUCGAGUGUCCGAACUACUACAACCGUGCCGACUUUGCGCUGGAAAUAGCGAGUCUCAAACAUGAAGGUAGCUUGCUACAGUUAAGGGAACGUGCCAAGCAGCAGGAGAUCAGCGCUGUGGACGAGAAAAAGAUGCCGAAUGAAGCGGUUAACUGCGAUGAGAAGGAUUCAAUGCUAAAACCAGCAGUGGAUGGAGAUUCGUUGAAUAGUUCGGCCGAUAGCUCGACGCCUUCAACCGAUCGUCAGUAUCCAACCUCAGAAUGGGGCCAAUUUGUGACCCUUACUCGGCGUACAAUGUUGUGCACGUUUCGUGAUCUUCAGCUGACGAAGAUGCGACUGCUGGCACACCUGUUUGUUGGAUUGCUGAUCGCAGUUGUAUUCUACAAUGUGGGCAACGAUGGUUCGAAGGUGCUCAGUAACGCGUCGUGCCUGUUCUUCUUCCUCAUCUUCGUGUUCUUUGCCAACUCGAUGCCUUUGGUGAUGACGUUUCCACUGGAAACAUCGGUAUUCGUGCGGGAAAGAAUGAACAACUGGUACUCACUUAAGGCCUAUUACUUCUCAAAGUUGGUAGCAGACUUUCCAUUUCUGAUUCUAGGGCCCUCGGUGUUCUUGGCCGGUGCGUACUACUUAACCUCCCAGCCGAUGGAACUCGAUCGCAUCGUAAUGCUGUGGAGCAUUUGCAUCUUCACGAGCUGGAUCGCCCAAAUGACGGGACUGCUGGCGGGCAGCGUACUACCGCUAGAGCUGAGCGUCUUCUGCGUACCCUGCUCCGUCAUACCGAUGCUUAUCUUCUGCGGGUUUUUCGUGCGCUUUCGCGAAAUGUUUGACUUUCUUAUUCCGUUCACGUACAUCGCCUACUUCCGGUACAGCUUCGAGGGAGCGAUGCAAGCGAUCUACGGCUUUGAUAGGGCUAAUCUACCCUGCGCGGGGGAUUUCUGUUACUUCAGCAAGGUGCCGAAAUUUUUGGAAAGCUUCGACAUGCUGGAGAACACAUUCGUGAUGGACGUUUGUGGAUUGCUAGGGUGGGUGUUUGUGCUGCACGUGGCACUGUACGCGAGUCUUGCCUGGAGAUUGAAGAGAACGCGCUGAAACAGAUCUUCAUCGCUGGAUGAAGCUGAAAGGUGGUUGUUUUUAUUUACGUGAUUAGAUUGCAUUUAACAAAACAAUUGAGGAACAAUUAUACAUUAAGAAGAAAAAAGAGGUUUUAUCUCUCGCAUAAGAAGCACAUAUGUAUACGGUUAAGCAGCAGAACGCUCUGUCUGCGUACUAUUACAAUAAAUGGGAUUCAAUCUACACUCGCUCGCAUGUGAACCGACACGUGAUCGAGGGGAGGCACGCAUAACAA